ACACACGCACACACAGGACAGAGCGGAGGCAGCAUUUAGUAAAUCUGGAGGUUUCAAGCAACAAUGUCACCUUCCAAUAUUUGUACGAGAAAUCAUAUUUACAUACUUUCAUUAACUAAGGUGUUGAUCUUGAGAUUUCACAGACUACUUUUGUCUCUGUGGUUUUGUCUGAAACAUCGUUGAAUGUGAACAAUAUAAAACACCGUUUAAAUAUCAUAAACGUUAAGACUCAUCUUGCAGUUACCGAAGCACAGCUUUGCAAACAUUUUCAAAAUAUAUAAAUCAUCUUGACUUACAGAACUUAAGAAUUUUCCAUUGAGCGACAUUCGCCAGCAACUGGUCGCAGCAAUUGGUCUGUUAAUUUCGUAGCAUAAGAUGUGCAGUAUAUCCUGCGUUGCAUGUUUGCGACAACAAAAGAACACAAACAGACCAGAAAAGCCACAACAUGUGUAUGGUAUGACGUAGCGCAGACGUCAGUGGCCCCACAGUCCUUGACUCUGCAGCACCUGUGACGUCGCUCUGAUGCAGGAGUACACUGUUCCAGAGCUGGCAGCUGAAGCUACAAAGGGGGGAGUUUCACAGAUGCCCAGGGAGCUUCUGAGACCAGGUUACUGGAGCACGGGAGCGGGGAGAACAGGCAACUAGACUGGCCAGGGCAGGCAUAAGACGACGGUUUGUGGACACACAUCCAUCUGACAAGCUGUGCCCUGGAUGUUACCCGUCUGGAUUCUCCUGUGUGGCAGAAUGGGGUUAGCUUUGUGUAAAUGGCUGUACAGUGGCCCUACCUGGAGUAGAGCUUCUUCGUCCUCCUCUUCAUUGGCCCCCUCCACGUUUCACCCUCUGGCUGUAUCCAUGGUGUCUCGUCUGGCAGUCCUGCUGCACACCCCCGGGCCCCCGCAGCAGACCCCCAGUCCCUCUGGAGCCCCCAGCCAUCAUUCCCCAAACUUCUGCCUGAUGCAGGGUGGUGCGGUGGCCCGUCGUGUCCCCAGUCAGCAGAGUACAGACGCGGUGCGGGCAGCCCUGGGGCAGGAGGCGGGGCUGCACGUGUGGGAGGUGAGCUGGGAUCCGGCAGAGAGGGGGAGCCACGCCGUGGUGGGCGUGGCCACUCAGCAGUGCCCCCUACAGACAUCAGGCUACAGGGUGCUGGUCGGAGGAGAUAAGGAGUCCUGGGGGUGGGAGCUGGGCUCCAACCAACUCUGGCAUGGCAACGUGCCUCAGGGUCUCUACCCUGGAAGCAAAGAAGAGGGAGGGGGAGAGCGCCCCCCAGUGGCCGUGCCAAGCAGCAUCCUCAUGGUUCUGGACGCUGAUGCUGGGACCCUGGGCUUCGUGGUGGAUGGUUUCUUCCUGGGUGUGGCCAUGCGGGGCUUGCCACGAGGGGCCCCACUGUUCCCCGCUGCCAGCAGCGUGUGGGGCGGAUGCCGCAUCGGCCUGCGCUACGUGAACGGCGCCCCCCGGGAACCUCCAUCUCUGACAUCACUGUGCUGCCUAUCUGUUCGCCAAGCCUUGGGCAAAGAGCAAGGGAAACAUUUGGAUGACAUGCUGCUGGCCCCAGCCCUCAGGCGCCUCCUCCGAUGUGGUCUCCAGUUCCCCUACACCUGCUGUCCAAUGAGAACGCUUCCCACAUCUUCCAAUCAACAUGGGCUAAACACAGAGACUUCCUGUCCACCCAGACCUCUCUCCACUUCAUCCACAGCUCCUCACUCACAAGCUCCUUUUCAUUAAGAACCCAUCGGUUGCAGAGCUGUUGGUGGGAUACUUCGGACUUCUCACCUGCGCUUGCUUGGAUGCAGUAUGAGCAAUGAGGCUAAUCGCUGCUAUAUAUAUUUGAAUUUUUAUGUUUCAUUUCACAAAUGUAAAUAUAUGAGCUUAUUUAAAUAUUUAGCUAUUUAAUAUAUUUAAAUCCUUAAGGAUAAAGAUUUCUAAGGUACACUAAAUCUUCAAUUUAACCAACUAAUGGGGGAGACCGUUGCUUGGAAGAAUGUAUCAAACUAAUAAUAUAUAUCCUAAGUUUGGGAAAAGAAACACGAUAAUGUGAAAGAUUUAUUUGAAAAAUGGUAUCUUAUGUCCUUUUCUUAAUAUAUAACUGUCAUGCACGCACUUAUUUUUGAAUAAAAUAAUAUUUAAAACAAUUUA